AUGACUCUCCCAAACAACCUGAAUUUCCGAUCUUCCAACAAUGACAAUCACACUCAGUUAAAUACGUUCCAUCUGGAAGAGCAGAAGAAAGCGCGCACCGCUCUACUGAAGAUUGUCACGACUCUACAGUACCUGGCGCAGCAGGGAUUGGCAAUACGCGGCAAAGAGGCAAGUGACGGCAACUUCGCUAAGUUGUUAGAGCUACGGAGCGACGACGACGACGUACUGAAGAGAUGGUUAACGCUCAAAACCUUCUACACUAGCAUUACGGUACAGAACGAAAUAAAGAAGAUCAUGGCCCACAUGGUUGUGAGAAACAUUUGCAAGAACAUUGGCUAUUUUGCAGUAAUUGUUGACGGCACUCGAGACGUGCAAGGUGCUGAACAGGAAGCUAUAUGUGUGCGAUAUUUAGACGAUGUCUAUGAUAUUCACGAAAACUUCGUCGGUCUAUACACUGUAUCUGAGACGACUGGUGCCAGCCCGAGCAACAUGCUGCAAGACACAUUAACACCGCCCCCUCCAUCCCAAAAACACACUUAA